UCCAACGCAAUGGAGGUCGAUUUCACAGGCAAAGAAACAUACCAGGAUAUUUUUGAUCCGAACUGUUAUAAUAAUAUGUACUAUGGUCCAAAAUCAGGAAUUUUGGUAACAGAUGGCUUUCUGUCCUUUGCGUUGAAGAAACUUCAUGAGACUUUCACUUUACGAGGUGUAAAAGGAGAUGUUCUGCUUGACAUUGGCCAUGGACCCACCAUUUUCCAGGAUCUAUCAGCAUGUGAAGCCUUUAAAGAGAUCAUCGGUGCUGACUAUUCUGAUCGUAAUCGAGAAUACUAUGAAAGAUCGUUGAGGAAUGAACCAGGAACAUUUGAUUGGACCGAGGCAAUAAAAACAGUCUGUGAAAUGGAAGGCAAAGGUACAACAGUUGAGCAGAAAAGAGAGAAACUAAGGAACACUGUGACGAAGACCAUAAAAUGUGAUGUCACAAAGAAAAAUCCAACAGCGCCAGUGCAUCUGCCACCGGUCGACUGCAUAAUGACCCUCGGGUGUUUGGAGUGCGCUUGCAAAGAUCUGGACACCUAUCGAAAUGUCCUUAAAAACAUCUCCAGUUUAUUAAAAACAGGGGGGAAUUUAAUAAUUACUGAAAUUCUUAAUUGUACCUCUUACCUUUUAGGGGGCAAAAGGUUCUCUUGUUUGUCUUUAAAUGCAGAAUUUAUGAGAAAUGCCAUCACUGAGGCUGGUUAUACCAUCUUGGACCUUGAUGUCAUUCCAAGGAAGUAUGACAAAGAGCAAUACGAUCUUUGCAAUCACGACUCCAGCAUAUUUGUUCUUGCUCGCAAAGUCAAAGAUGUUUAGUGGGAGACUGUCAUUAAUAGGGCUUUGUCAUCUUAAUGGUGUUUGCAUUGUGAAUAAAGCUCAUACAAACUAAGCAAGAUAGCCUUUCUUCAUAAAUUGCUACUUUUCCGCUGUAACACGAAGUAAUGUGAAAUGAUGAAAAAUAAUGGCUAAGUAUACAAAGUGUUGUUUUUACAUUUAAGGCAGUUGUGUUAUUUUAAAGUGGUGAAAACAUGGAUUAUUUAGGCACAUUACAGUAAAAGAAGAAUAAGGGCACAGGAACAGGAAACUAAAACAAUAUGGUCACAUUUAGAACAUUUUUUAAAGGGACACCAUAGUCACCCAGACCACUUCAGCUCAAUGUAGUGGUCUGGGUGCCAGGUCCCUCAGGUUUUAACCCUUCAGAUGCAAGCAUAGCAGUUUCAGAGAAACUGCUAUGUUUACAUUUGGGGUUAAGCCAGCCUCUAGUGGCUGUCUUCCAGAAAGGCACUAGAGGCGCAUCUGCGAUGCUGGAUGCAUAUAAUGCCUCCAGUCCAUCGCGCAGAGCGUCCAUAGGAAAGCAUUGAGACGGGGGAGCUGACAACGGCGGUGGAGGA